GAGUAAGGCAUCAUUUCAAGCAACCUGUUCUAAACGUCGUGUGGCUACAAAAAUGUUAUUUGUGGUAGCGUCUCAUCGCAUUUUGAAGUCCAAAAAUGUCCCGUCGGCUUAAGCCGUAUUUACUGGAAAGAACUUCUUUGGAUCAGCUCAGAGUCGAUGUAUCGCAUCGGGGCUCGGCACAGGCACAUGGUUCCGUUCGGGAGACUCGAGUGGGCGGGGCCUGGAGAGUGACGUUCGCCCGACGUCACUCGGCGGGUCGGUCCGGCUGUGUUUGUUUGCCAGAGGAAGAGGAGGAAGAGGAGGAAGAAGAGGCUGGUUCAUGUCGGCGGGCGGGGCUGCUGCUCUUCGCACAAAAGACGAGAAGGAGACGGAAAAGGAGGACGGACGCCGCGGGGGAUGGACCGGCCUCUGCACGGUCGGUAGCGCUCCGUCUUCGGCCGGCUUCGCUUUCAGGAUGAGCGUCGCGCUGCAGGACCUCCGCAACACGAUGUCGAGCUACAAGCGAGCCACACUGGAGGAGGACGAAGCAUCGGACGUCGCCCCCGAGGCGUCCCCGUCCCCCGACAGGCUGGAGGUGAGCUUCAGAAAGACCGCUGCGGACAUUCUGGGCAGAAGAACCAGGAUGGAGGUCCUGCUGGGCGUCCUGCUGCUUCUCAGCCUGCUGGCCCUGACCACCUGCCUGCUGGUCCUCGGACUGGCCUUCGGUCCAGUCGCCGGCGGCGGCCUGUGUCUGACAGAGGCGUGCGUGAAGGUGGCCAGCCAGAUAGUGGAGGCCAUGGACCGCAGCGCCGACCCCUGCCAAGACUUCUACCAGUUCGCCUGCGGGGGCUGGAUGCGGAAGAACCCCCUUCCGGAUGGACGGUCGCGCUGGUCCACCUUCAACAGCAUCUGGGAGCAGAACCAAGCGCUGCUCAAACACCUGCUGGAGAACGGCACCUUCAACGCCAGCAGCGAGGCUGAGAAGAAGACCCAGUCCUACUACCUCUCCUGCCUCAACACGCAGAAGCUCCGAGAGCUGGGAGCCCAGCCUCUCGUGGACCUCAUCGCCAAGGUCGGGGGGUGGAACCUGACGGGACCGUGGGAGAAGGACAACUUCAUGGAGGUGUUGAAGGUGGUGUCGGGGCCGUACCGAGCGCAGCCCUUCUUCAGCGUGGGCGUCAGCGUCGACCCCAAGAACUCCAACAGCAACGUCAUCCAGGUGGACCAGUCAGGGCUCUUCCUGCCAUCCCGGGACUAUUACCUCAACAAGACAGCCAACGAGAAGGUGCUGCUGGCGUACUUGGACUACAUGGUGGAGCUGGGCACCCUUCUGGGGGGCUCGCGGGCAUCUGCCCUGGUCCAGAUGCAGCAGAUUCUGGACUUUGAGACGCUGCUGGCCAACAUCACCAUCCCGCAGGACCAACGGCGAGAUGAGGAGAAAAUAUACCACAAGGUCACCAUCGCGGAGCUGCAGACGCUGGCUCCGGCCGUGGACUGGCUGGACUUCCUGUCGUCGUGUUUGUCGCCGCUGGAGCUGAACGACAGCGAGCCCGUCGUGGUCUACGCGCGAGAAUAUCUGCAGCAAGUCUCCCAACUCAUCGACAGGACGGAGCACAGUUUGUUGAACAACUACAUGAUGUGGACGCUGGUUCAGAAGAGCGUGUCCAGUCUGGACCAACGAUUUGAGAACGCUCAGGAUAAGCUGCUGGAAAGUCUCUACGGCACCAAGAAGUCGUGCGCGCCGCGCUGGCAGACGUGCAUCGGCAACACGGACGACACGUUGGGCUUCGCGCUGGGGGCGCUCUUCGUCAAGGCCACCUUCGACAAACACAGCAAAGACAUCGCGGAGGAGAUGAUUAACGAGAUCCGCGCUGCCUUCAAACGGGCUUUGGAGCGACUCAAGUGGAUGGACGAGGACACCAAACGAGGCGCCAAGGAAAAGGCGGAUUCCAUUUACGACAUGAUCGGCUUCCCGGAAUUCAUCAUGGACCCCAAAGAACUGGACGACGUCUACGACGGGUAUGAGGUUUCCGAAGAAAGUUUCUUCCAGAACAUGCUGAACUUCUACAACUUCUCUUCGAGAGUGAUGGCCGAGCAACUGCGGAAAACUCCCAACAAAGACCAGUGGAGCAUGACGCCGCCCACGGUCAACGCGUACUACGUGCCCACCAAGAACGGAAUCGUCUUCCCGGCCGGAAUUCUUCAAGCUCCUUUCUACGCCCGGGACCAUCCCAAGGCUUUGAACUUCGGGGGCAUCGGGGUGGUGAUGGGACACGAGCUGACGCACGCCUUCGACGACCAAGGACGCGAGUACGACAAGGAGGGCAACCUCAAGUUGUGGUGGCGCAACUCGUCUGUGGACGCCUUCCGCCAGAGGACCGAGUGCAUGGUCCGGCAGUACGACCGCUACGCCGUCAACUCUGAGCGCGUCAACGGCAAACAGACUCUCGGCGAAAACAUCGCGGACAACGGAGGCCUCAAGGCCGCUUACGAGGCCUAUCAGGUGUGGGUCCGCAAGAACGGCCAGGAGAAGAGACUUCCCGCUGUCAACCUGACCAACGAGCAGCUCUUCUUUGUUGGUUUUGCUCAGGUGUGGUGCGCCGUCCGCACGCCGGAGAGCGCCCACGAGGGCCUGGUGACGGACCCGCACAGUCCGCCGCGCUACCGCGUCAUCGGCACGCUCAGCAACUCGGCCGAGUUCAGCCGACAUUUUGGGUGCCCCGCGGGAACGCCCAUGAACACUGGGAGGCGCUGCGAGGUCUGGUAGACCGCUCGUGGCGGUCCGACAACUUAAGGAAGCUGCUUCCUCUUAACUUAUUCACUUCCUGCGCGGACUCCGGAUUCGUUGGACGGACAAAGAGACGACGACGACGAAGGAGAAGAAGAAGAAGAUUGUGCUUCUGAUGGGAAUUCGUGUCACUGUGAUGAUGAUGACGAUGAUGAAGAAAAUAUUCUCUACACAGCACGUGCGUCAUGUCAGUCGCGCUCAC